UACCCGGGAGACAAAUGAUGCAACACAUGGAAAGUUCCGGAUUAGCCAAAGGUCGAAUUAGCGUGACAGCAAUUGAACCCUGCGUCUGUGUUUAUCAACCAUAAAACCAAUAAAUAAACUAAUCAUUUAAAAAAAAUGCCGAGAGGAAGCAGAAGCCGAACAUCCAGGAUGCCCCCUCCCGCCAGGCGUGCACCACCAUCGCCACCACCUAUGGCCAGGGCGGCACCCCCUCCCUCGCAUGCCCCGGUUCCAAUGCAGGCUCCCCCGUCUGCUGUAGGUGCUCCAGCUGCAGCACCUAAGCAGCCGGGUAUGUUUGCCCAGAUGGCGACUACAGCCGCCGGUGUGGCAGUGGGCUCUGCAGUAGGACACACCCUCGGGCACGCCAUGACUGGAGCCUUCAGUGGAGGACAAUCGGAGCCUGCCAGGCCUGACGUCACAUACCAGGAACCGUACCAGGCUCAGCCCAUGUACCAGCAGGAGGCCCCUCAGCAGCAGCAGCAGGCCUGCUCCUACGAGCUCAAACAGUUCGUGGAGUGUGCCCAAAACCAGAGCGACCUCAAACUCUGCGAGGGCUUCAGUGAGGUGCUCAAACAGUGCAGGUUUGGUAACGGUUUGUCAUGAGACAGAGACAAAAACCUGGAGGGUGAAGAGCACGCACAUCCUGCAAUAAGCAACUUUACUGGAUACUAAGAGGGUGUGAUUCACAAGAGAUCAAUAAACAUGCUUUAUUUUGACAUUUGAUUAUAAUCAGACAACAUAAUUGUAUUCAUUUCUCUGGAGAGUGCUGUGGAGCUUGUAAUUAUGGUCUUAUAAAUAAUGUUUAUAUAUUUUGGUGUCACAUGUUUUGAGUUGAUUUCAGUUGUCAAAGUUUUUCAUCAGCUUCCGUGCUUGUAACUUAAGCUUCCUCUCAUGUAUUGGAAGGUGAACUGCAGUAGUAGAUCAUGAUAACUUGUGAAAUAACCAGGUUCCAUCUUCUGGAUCGUAGAUGUCCACAGUUUUAUUGUAAGAAGUUUAGGUUUAAAAAUAAUAAAGCACUUGGAUCAUGAA